UUUUUAACCUUUCACUGGCGAGCGUUUUACUAAGAGAAGAUGCGGAGUCUAUAUAUAUAAGUGGCGGUGGCAUCGCAGCAGAGGUGCUGCUCUUGACUCUCACAUCAGGCGCAUUUAGCUUGCGUGAGGCAUCCAACAGGUGGUUACCAAGUGCUGCUUCCUUUUCUGGGGACUUCCUACCGUUCGUCAGUCAUGCGUGAGUGCAUUUCAGUCCACGUGGGUCAGGCAGGCGUGCAGAUCGGCAAUGCAUGCUGGGAGUUAUACUGCCUGGAACAUGGCAUUCGACCCGACGGCCAGAUGCCGGAAGAGUCGGUCCUGAGAGGAGCUGACGACUCCUUCAACACCUUUUUUAGUGAGACGGGGCCAGGUAAACACGUGCCCAGGGCGGUCUUCGUGGACUUGGAGCCCACGGUUGUCGAUGAAGUGCGGUUGGGUCCCUACCGUCAGCUGUUCCACCCGGAACAACUCAUCACGGGUAAGGAGGAUGCCGCCAACAACUACGCCCGCGGCCACUACACCAUCGGCAAGGAGAUCGUCGACCUGGUGCUGGACCGCAUCCGCAAGCUGUCUGACCAGUGCACAGGGCUGCAGGGCUUCCUCAUCUUCCACUCCUUUGGCGGCGGCACCGGCUCCGGCUUCACCUCUCUCCUGAUGGAGCGCCUGUCCGUCGACUACGGCAAGAAGUCCAAGCUGGAGUUCGCCAUCUACCCGGCCCCACAGGUGUCCACGGCGGUGGUUGAACCCUACAAUUCUAUCCUCACCACGCACACCACACUCGAGCACUCGGAUUGCGCCUUCAUGGUCGACAACGAGGCAAUCUACGACAUCUGCCGCCGAAACUUAGAUAUCGAGCGACCCACUUAUACCAACCUCAACCGCCUAAUAGGCCAGGUGGUGUCUUCCAUCACGGCAUCCCUGAGGUUUGACGGCGCUCUCAACGUGGACUUGACGGAGUUCCAGACCAACCUAGUGCCCUACCCCCGCAUCCACUUCCCUCUGGUUACCUACGCCCCAGUCAUCUCCGCCGAGAAAGCCUACCACGAGCAACUGUCUGUGGCUGAGAUCACCAACGCCUGCUUCGAGCCUUCUAAUCAGAUGGUGAAGUGUGACCCUCGCCACGGCAAGUACAUGGCCUGCUGCCUGCUGUACCGCGGUGAUGUCGUGCCCAAGGACGUCAACGCCGCCAUCGCCACCAUCAAGACCAAGCGCACCAUCCAGUUUGUCGACUGGUGUCCCACCGGCUUUAAGGUGGGCAUCAACUACCAGCCUCCCACGGUGGUACCUGGCGGCGACCUGGCCAAGGUGCAGCGCGCCGUGUGCAUGUUGAGCAACACCACGGCCAUCGCCGAGGCCUGGGCUCGUCUGGACCACAAGUUCGACCUCAUGUACGCCAAGCGCGCCUUCGUGCACUGGUAUGUCGGGGAGGGCAUGGAGGAGGGCGAGUUCGCCGAGGCGCGCGAAGACCUGGCGGCCCUGGAGAAGGACUACGAGGAGGUCGGCCUCGACUCCGCGGAGGUCACGGCGGAGGACGGCGUUGAGGAGUACUGAGUGACAACAACGACAACGCUUCUAAUGCUUUCAAACCAUUUGAGAAAGAAAACCAAAGCCAUUGGAAACAAGGCAUGAAACAGAAGCACAUAAAUGUUACGGUCGAGUGAUGUGAAGUUAACCGUAGGAGUAUAUUGAUAAUGCGGAUCGUGAAGUCAUGCUCCCACCAUACGUCUGCAUGCUUGUGUAACAGUCAUUUGUGACAGCUUUGUUGUUGAAAGGUCCCGCACUGAAACAUGUAAGAUAGCUUUCCUGCAAUAUUUAUAUUGUCCUAUAUUUAUACAUUGCAAAAAUAAAGAAACUCUCCUACAUGACUUAAUAAAAAUUUAAUAUAUAGAAAGCU